AUGGACAUGAAAAACAUCGGCAAUUGGCAUCCGAAUCUCAGACCGAAUGACUUUGGCGGCUAUCGCCCAGGUUUGCAGCCUCUUAUCUAUGGGGAGGAUAUGAACAGGUUGGUGAACUACAGGAAUAUGAAGGACUUUUGCGAGAAACUGCUGCAGGAUCAGCUCUUCCAGGCGGUUGUUCUGGCCCCCGUUGCCGAAUUGGAUUCACCUCCUCAAAAUAACUUUGACUUGGAAGAUCACAAGGACAGGGAUUACUUUGUGAUGUUGUACGAUCCUGCCUGCUACCACUGGCCCAUGCAGUUGAAAAUGCUGCGGAAACUUUCCCUUCUGCUGGCCAACGAAACUAUCUCUGUGAUCAAUAAUCAUCAAUAA